AUUACAAUAGCUAAAAUUUUUUUUUAGCAGCAUAAGCUGAAAGUUUAUUAACCUGACAGCAUUAAAAUACGGCUGCAUUAGAGCCGUUCAUAGCCACUACGUAUUCCGGCAAUUAAAUUCUGGCUUUUGUGGCCGUGCUAAGUGAUUAACUGAGCCAAUUAAGGGCGCUAGACAUCGGGCGUACUGCUUUCCAAGCCGGACUCAGUCACUUGACGGCGCUUGGCGAAAUCGGCGGCAGCAUGCUAAAGCUCCACCAAGAAGAGGUGGUUUCGGAGAAGUCUAUGUCCGGACCGAAUGACAUAGAACCAACGAAAACGUCGGAAGAGAACAAACUGGACGCGAUCAUCGUUGAGAUUGGCCAGUUCGGACCUUUUCAAGUCUUCAACUACAUAUUGCUUUGCCUGCCCAUCAUCUGCAACGCCUUCUACUCCAUCUCCUACGUCUUCACCGCUGGCGAUGUGCCCCAUAGGUGCAACAUCACCCUGUGCGAUGGAGUGGACUCCAGGUAUGAAGAACAAUUCCUAAAUUUUACCACUCCCCAGCGCCACGGGAACUGGGUUCAGUGUGAGCAGUACGCCGUGCGAAACGAUAUCGCGGGUGAACCUUCGUGCAAUGUCAGUAGCUUUGAUAUGGCUCAGCGAGUUCCCUGCGAUGCUGGCUAUAAGCUGAGGGACGACGAAAAGACAAUAGCAAGUGAGUUUGGCCUAUUCUGCGCUGACCAAUGGAAACUGUCUAUGGUGGGAACAGUAAACAAUAUUGGACAGUUUGUGGGAAUACCACUAGGGGGUUAUUUCGCCGAUCGAUAUGGGCGGAAAUUUAUACUGGUAUCCGCGGGAAUCCUGAGUUCCUUUGCAGGACUGGCUCGCUCAUACGCGCCGGAGUACUACAGCUUUCUUUGCUUGGAGUUCCUAGACAUGGUCGUGGGGAGUACGCUCUUUCCCACCGCCUUCCUUCUCGCCGUGGAGCUAGUUGGCCCCAAGCAUCGCGUGUUGACGGCCACCAUGAUCAGCCUGACCUACGGCCUGGCAGAGGCCCUUAUGGGCUACAUGGCCAAGUAUCUGCCCGACUGGCGUGUGCUUCUACGGGUGUUAUAUACCCCAGCUCUGCUUCAUUUAAUUUUUAUUUGCGUGCUUUCGGAGAGCGUGCGGUGGUUGCUCAGCCAGUCUAAGGAGAUGGACGCUCAGACCAUACUACGGAGGGUGGCGCAAAUAAACCGAAAACCACUGUCGGAGCAUCAGCUUAACGAACUGAUCCUCUCAAACCGCCGAAUGGUGGCCCAGUCUUCCGCAGCCGGGGGUCACUACAGUUUCCGUCAGAUCUUCCAGGCCUUGGGCUGUCGCACUGCUUUGUGCUGCUUCGUGUGGUUCACCCACACCCUGGUCGCCCUGGGUCUGAGCCUGCACUCAGCCCAGCUGAGUGGCAGGAAGUUCGAGAACUUCAGCAUGACUGGUCUUAUGCAGCUGCCUGGCAUCCUGAUGGCUACAACACUUAUGAACUGGAUAGGACGGCGACGGGCGCUCAGCUCCUGCCAGUUCACUUGUGCAGUCCUGCUCCUUGCAGUGGCUGCCACGGAUGCAGUGCACCCUGUGACCUCUUCCACACUGUACUUCCUUGCAAAAAUGACGUCCACAGGCAGCUUUAUGAUCCUGUAUUUCUUCACCUCCGAGAUCUUUCCCACAAACUGCAGGAACUGCAUGCUGUCCUUCUGCUCCAGUAUGGGUCGCUUUGGCUCCAUGUUGUCCCCCCAGACCACUCUAUUGAUCCCCUACUACAAAUAUGGGCCCCACCUACUAUUCGCACUAUUCUGUUUCACCUGCUCGGUAUUGGUUUUGUUUUUCCCGGAGACAACGAACAAGGUGCUACCCACUACGCUGGCUGAAGCUCGCGCCCUGGAUAAGAUUUCUGUGGUCAAACACGUUGCAGAUUGUAGUUUUUCUUCACCUUGCAUGUCAGGGUGUACACAUGUGUAAACAUUACUAAAAUUACGUAAGUAUAUCGACGAAGGUGACGUUAAAGUGUACGAAAAAUGUAUUUAUUUAAAUUUAGCUUUGUUAAGCCGAAACACAUA